AGGUAUAUUUUGACAGGCAAGGCGAUUGGCCAAAUUGUUUUAAACCAACUCAAAAAGAAACUGGAACUUCCUCUUGACCGCUGUGUUGGAAUAGGCACAGACGGGUGUGCUGUUAUGCUUUCUGAAAUUCGAGGUGCGGUGACCGAGAUCCAGAAAGAAGCAACAAACGCUGUGAAGACGCCGUGUUAUAGCCAUAAACUUAACAAUUCAAUUUCACACAGUUCAAAAGUGCCGCCUAUCAGAGAUGCUGUUUCUGUAAUGAAAGAGGUUAUUGCAUUUUUCAAAUCUCAUCCUAAAAGACGAACAGUUCUUAUGAACACUUUAGGAUGCGCGCUAAAGUCUCUUUGCGAGACCCGAUGGGUAGAGCGACAUGAAGGGGUACUUCAAUUUUCCAUGGACCUCGCCAAGAUCGUAGAAACUCUUGAAAAGAUUUCAGAGUGGCAUGACCCGAGUACAGCUGGCAAGGCGGCAUCCUUAGUGACAACUUUGACUAAUCAACAAUUUAUAGUGUCAGUGUUGUGUCUAAGUGAUGUCCUGUCUGUUACACAGUCAUUAAGCAAAAUACUUCAGAAAACAGUACUCGAUCUUAAUGAUAGUGCCAUUCAAGUAAAUAACACAAUUUCUAUUCUUGCCAGUCGCCGCGAAAAUAUAGACACAAGCUUCAACAGCGUCUGGCAGCGUGCAAAAGAUAUAGCCGAGCAACUGGGCGUAGAACUGAAUGUUCCUCGAAUUCCUCGCGGUGGUGGACGCCAAAUUUAUCGUGCCAAUCACCAAACUAAUUCAGCCGAGGAAUACUACCGGGUCGCAAUCUAUGUACCAUUGCUCGACUAUGUCCUCACAGAUUUACGACAAAGGUUUUCCACAGAAACCUUAGACACAUUUCACUUGACGGUUUUGAUUCCCGAGAACAUUAUUAAAAAUUCUCCUGAGGAGGAUGUGAAAUCCAUACAGUUCCUCCUCGAGCGUUUUGGACGUCUUUUAGAUCUGGAUAGAGGUGUUGCUUCGCAGCUACUAAAAGACGAAAUGUUGCUGUGGCGAGUUAAAUGGAAACAACAUAAAGAGCGAGAGCAAGAGCUGCCAGCCACAGCAGUGGACAUCUUGGCCGGAUGCAAUAAAGACGCAUUCCCGAUUGUGUACAAUUUUAUAUGUAUUCUUGCGACAUUGCCUGUGACUAAUGCAUCGGCCGAGAGAUCGUUUUCUUCAUUGCGGCGUCUCAAGACGUACUUGAGAGCCACAAUGAAGGAAACCCGUCUCCUCGGCCUGGCGCUUAUGCACAUACACAGGCACAUACCUAUAGACGUGGAGGAAGUUAUCACGAAAUUCGCUAAAUCAAACCGCAAAUUAGAGUUUAAUAUUUAAUUUUGUAAAUAUAUUAAAAUAAUAUUAUAUGUAAUUUUGAAAAUAUUGUAAAUAUAGUAUAGGAAUAUAGUACUUACUAACGAAAAAACAUUUUUUUUUUACCUUAUUUUCUGUGCAAAAAUAUAUGAUUUUCUCAAAAUGUCCCCCUAAGCCAAAUCUUGUAUCCGCGCCUGUCACCAGCCUAUAGU